UUAUUCUUAACGUAAGUGAAGUAACUAAACCAAGUCUUUGGUGGUUUCUGCACGGCACUAGUGUCGUAUGCAUAGAGUAGUACUCAUAUCGUAUAGUGAGUAGUGCAGUGCAAUGCAAUAUUAUACCCAGUGUAGUUAUUGUACAUUAUAGAACCAAAUCAUUUCAUACAUUCAAUUACAUACAUUCAAAUUCAUAAAAAAUAUAAAAAAAGUAAAACAUAAAAAAAAGCUCCCGCCGUUAUAUUAAUUUUCCUUUUUUUUUUUUUUUCGUAUGACCGCGGACAUUUAUUUCUUCUCUACGCCUAUUCACACACCUCCAAAUUAUUUACACAGUUGCUUACAAUUAUUCUUACUCUUAGUACAAACAUUCAUCCAUUUAUUUAUUUAUUCCUCGCGAGUUAUUGUUUUAUAAGCAAAUAAAUCGAGUGUAAAUAAAUUUUUAAGAAAUAAUCUACAAGUGGAUUUUAUUUGAAAAUUUAAAUUAAAAUGAAGAGACGAAGAUGCAAAGACAAUCUCACGCCAGAUGUCACCAAGUAUCAAGUCAAAGAAUUUGCAAAACUAUCAGAGUACGCAGAAAUAACAGAAGAAGAGUCAAAAAGCCUAAACGAUACGGAAAAUCUGAUAGCUGACCCAGCAUUGCUGAAAAUAGUUGACGCAGUUUGCUUGACUGACCAGGAGAGACACGAUCAGCAUGACCAUGACCUAUCGGAGGACCAGGACCUGCGUGACCUACCGGAGCAUAAUGGCCAGCUACUGGAGCACGUCAAUCAGGAGCAUGAUCAAAAUGACGAUCAUGAUCAUGAUCAUGAUUUGCCGGAUCACCAGCACCAGCUGAAACAAGAGCUGACUUACCCAGAUGGCGGGGAUACCGUGGGCGUACUGGAGGCGGUCCGACCGGAAAUCGAAAAUGGCGUCUUGGUUGAGGCCAACGAGCCAGUGUCUUUUGUCCUGACAACAAAGGACAACUCGUACACAAUCCAUCACACGCUGGGUUAUCAGUCUCCGCAUAUUAUUAUUCCCAGGGAUUAUUUGGAGCCAGGAUCUCCGUACUCGAGCCAUCAGGAGCCGAGAAAUUCAUUUGCCCAGAACUCACACUACGGGCAUGAGCUAGCCGUAGUCGGCGGCGGCGGAGGGGUGAUUCCCGAAGGAGGGGAUAGACGUCCGUCCGAGGUCUCGCUGGCAACAGAGGGAAGUAACCGAGUUAGUCAGAUGCCUCACUCGACGAUGCAUCGGUACGGCGAUUCGGUCUCUCAGUCAGCAGAGCACCAUCACCACCAAAGUUUGAACGAGUCCACGCUGACCCGGCACCUGGAGGACGGGCACCACCACCUCCACCACCACCACCAGCUCCAAGACACCACCGACCGGUUCAGCGGGAUAGCCGCGGCGAUGAGAGGCGUCAGGGGUGACUUCAGCCUGGGAGGAAUGUUCCAGGGGUUAACCAGCCCCGGAUCGGCUCCUGGGUCCGUCGACGUGGCUGCAGGUCAGCACCUGGAUGACGUCCUCCCGGAGGACGCGUACCUCUCCCACAUCCGCGGCUCCAGCGGCGGAGUCUCACCCAGCAACGUCAGGACCGGCAGCUCUCCAGGCUCCAGUCGCAGUCCCAGAGACGAGCAACCUCUCUCACCCCAGCACCGGCCCUCUUCUGCGCAUGUCAGCUCCCAAGACGACGGCUACAGUCCAAAUGAUCAUGGUCGUCUUCAGAAUUUCACACACUUGACCUCCAUGCAGCCGCCCGGGGUCCAUCAGUCCCUUCAGGAUCCCGAACGUGUUCAGGACUUGUACAUGGUUUCUAUUUAUAAUCACGGUGGCUCGGGUCAUCAUCAUGCUGAUCAUGAUCAGUCGAGUUCUCAUUCGCCUUCUGGACCUCUUUCGAGUUCAUCAUCUCUGUACCGCAGUAUAGCUGGAGUCGGUUCGAUGGGAGGAGCAGGUGCUGGGUAUACUUUGCCCUAUAUGAACAGUCCUACUGAUCUGGCUGGUUCUCCUCAGCAACUUUGGACUUCAAAUUUAGCAUCGACGCUACCACCAAUUUCCGACGACUAUGGCACUAAAUCAACCUCGACGGUGACUCACCAAAGCCUCCCAGCAUUUUCUCAACCUUUCGGGGGAGCCCGGAGCUUUCGAGGGUACAGCAGCCCAUCUUAUUCCUCUCAACAAGCUUCAGCAGGAUCAGGAGCGAGUUCAGGCGACCCGAGUACCUGGUCAUACCCGGUUUCAGCGGCAGAUUCCCUUACCACACAAUACGGAAGCGUUGCGACGCCUUCCAGACGUCAAACAUCCAAUUCGACAGUCCCAAUGAGUGCCGCCGCCAGUCUAUCUGCUAUGCACAACAUCGAUGCGGAAUACUUUACGGAGGGUCGCGAGUGCGUAAACUGCGGGGCAAUAUCGACCCCCCUUUGGCGAAGAGACGGCACGGGACACUACCUUUGCAACGCCUGCGGCCUCUACCACAAGAUGAAUGGGAUGAACCGGCCACUUGUGAAGCAACCACGGCGACUGUCGGCGUCAAGGCGGGUAGGUCUCUCAUGCAGCAACUGUCAGACGACAAUAACAUCACUCUGGCGCAGAAACACUUGCGGAGAGCCAGUUUGCAACGCUUGCGGAUUGUACUACAAGCUGCACAACGUUAACAGGCCGCUGGCAAUGAAAAAAGACAACAUCCAAACGCGAAAGAGAAAACCUAAGAGUGGCAUGAAGGCCUCCGACACCCCGAUCAACCACAACAUUCCCUCAUGUGUCAUUAAUAACAACAACAAUAACAAUAACUCCAGUGUUACCAAUAACAAUAUAAAAUUGGAACCAGACUACGUUGAAGCGAGGAUGAGCCACUUGAACAUGAACCAGUCGUACACGAGCUCCCUGUACGGCGGGAACGGCCAAUCAAAUAGCAGGAUAAUUUCAUACCAGUCGACCCCUCAGGUCUACUACGACAUGCUCGCCUCCCAGCAGCAGCACCAGCACCAGCAGCACCAACAACAGCUCCUCGAGUGCCAUUCGCCGAAAGUUGAGUGCUCUUCGCCCUCAAACAAGGGUUCGCCUUUGCUGUCAGCUAAUCACUCGCCGGACCAUCACUUUACUUCACCCCACAUUGUCACCCUCGGGAACUCCUCCCCGACCUCCACCACCAGCAAACUUAUGCUUGAUAAUAAUCAUCUAGAGCGGCCUACUGUCGUCUCAAUAUCUUCGUAAAAUUUUUUUAUUAGUUAUUAGUUAUUAUUUUAAGAGUAUAAUUGUAAUUAAAUUAAGUAGAUCAUCAACGAGAU